AUGGCCACCUCUCCCACACUACUCUUGCUUUCAUGCUUCAUACUACACCUUGCAUAUUCAACAGAAAGUGCAGUUCUAAACAAGAUAGACUCUUGCUGGCGUGCCAAAUCAAAUUGGGCAUCAAAUCGCCAAGCCUUGGCUAAUUGUGGAAUUGGCUUUGGCAAAGAUUCAAUUGGUGGCAAGUAUGGAUCAAUAUAUAAAGUCACAGAUCCCUCUGAUGACCCCAUAAGCCCAAAACCAGGCACACUUCGUUAUGGUGUUAUCCAAACACAGCCCCUUUGGAUCAUUUUUGCCAAAGAUAUGGUUAUUAGGCUCGAUAAUGAGCUUAUCAUGAAUAGCUACAAGACCAUUGAUGGAAGAGGUGCUAAAGUGGAGAUUGCAAAUGGGCCUUGCAUUACAAUACAAGGUGUUAGCCAUGUUAUCAUACAUGGCAUUAGCAUUCAUGAUUGCAAACCAAGCAAGGCUGGCCUUGUAAGGAGUACCCCAUCUCAUCUUGGCCAUCGUCGAGGCUCUGAUGGGGAUGGCAUUAGCAUAUUUGCCUCCUCAAAUAUUUGGAUUGAUCAUUGCUUUUUGGCUCGUUGUGCUGAUGGCUUGAUUGAUGUUAUUCAUGCCUCAACUUCCAUUACCAUUUCUAACAAUUACUUUACCCAACAUGACAAAGUUAUGCUACUAGGACACAGCGACGAAUACACAGCAGAUAAAAAAAUGAAAGUAACAAUAGCCUUCAACCGAUUUGCUAGUGGUCUGAUUGAAAGGAUGCCAAGGGUAAGAUUUGGUUAUGCACAUGUGGUGAACAACAAAUAUGAUGGGUGGAAGAUGUAUGCCAUAGGUGGCAGUUCUAACCCAACCAUUUUAAGUGAAGGAAACUACUAUGUCGCUCCGAAUAACCCUGCCACAAAACAGGUUACCAAGAGGGAAAUGAAGGGAAAAUUGAAAAAUUGGAAAUGGAGGUCUUCUAAGGAUGCAUUCUUAAACGGUGCUUAUUUUGUUCCAUCUGGGUAUGGUAGUUGUGACCCAAAUUAUUCUCCUACUCAAUAUUUUACUGCUGUACCUGCUUCCUUGGUGCCCGCAAUAACUCUUAAUGCAGGUCCCUUGACUUGUGUUGUUGGUAAAGCAUGUUAAUGUUAGUUUUGUCUUGCGUUUGUAUCUUUCUCUCUCUCUCUCAUUUUUCUUGUUUUGGUUGAUUCCCGAAGCCACGCUUUGGAGGCAUGUAUCAGAGAGUAGACCAAUAACUGCUUUGCAGAAAUGUUACAGUUGCCAGAUUCGUUUCUUAAGGAUUGUUGUAAAAAAAAAAAAGUGUGAAAGAUAUGAUUCUCCA